AUGGCCUGGAAGUCGCCGUCCAAGCGCCGCAACCCAGUCGCCUGCCGGCGCUGCCGCCGGUUACGGUCCAAAUGCCUCCAUCAGUCGAUUGAUCCUCCGUGCGAUGCUUGCAAGCUUGCCGGCUCCGCAGCGGCUUCGGAAUGCUACUUUCCACGCCGGGGCGAGAAGGACCUCGACCGUCAGUUCCGGCGCCGGCGGAUCCUCUCUUCGGAUGCCGGCCGAACCGGAGGCGACGGUGACCGCUCCGAGUCUUCGGGGCCAAUUCCGGUAUUGGGUCAUCCUCCUACGAGUCCUCCAAGUGGGAGCUCCAUGCAACUAUCCUCGGAGGGCAGCCCCAAGGUACACCGGUUCUUCAUACCAGCGCCUAGCUUCGACCCCGAGCAAGUUCUUCCACCUCGUGAUGAGGUCAUUGAAGGCUGCCGCAUAUUCGUCACAUCCUACUUUCAGCUUGGCUUCAUUCCCAAGGCUGUGUUUCUCGAGGGGCUCAUUCGCAACCCAUCAUCCGUCAGCACGUUCCUGUUGACUUGUAUGCUAUCCAUCUCGGCGCGGUUUACACCCUCAUUAGCACAGCGCUAUGGAAGCCCCAGGAAUGCAACAGACUAUUUCCUAGAUCUAUCAAGGGCCAUGGUGCCGGCGGAAAUGUACCAGCCUUCUCUUGAGCGUAUCCAGGCCUUCUUCUUACUCGCGAUAUGCCAAUGGGGAAACGGCGAUAAAGAUAGGUCCGGUAUGGAUAUGGGCGUUGCUGUGCGGAUGGCUGCGCUUUUGAAGCUACACUGCGAGGAAUCUUACGUGCUGGAUGAGAACUGUCCGACUGAACAAGUUGUCAGGUCCGAGAGUGCUCGACGCGUAUUUUGGAUGAUUCAAAGCCAGGAAAACUUGCACUCGGGAUACAAAACGCCGGCCCCCUUUCCAUUAGAAGACAUCACUACUUUGCUACCUUGCAGUGAGGCAGAUUUUGCGUUUGGGAUCAUACCAUCAGAACGCGCCGCACUCGCAGGCACGCCUCCCGGCCUCGCCAAUCCUCUGCUGGUUCACUCCCCCAAUAGAUGCCUGUUUGCUGCCUUGAUCCAAGCUCAUGGUCUUUGGGGGACAGUUGCCCGGCGAGCUGGACGGAGUGGCUACAGUAUCAACAAGGUGCCUCCGUGGGACAAGGAUAGCGAACAUCAGAAUACUAUCGCGGAGCUGGACAACUGGGAACAAAGCAUCCCGCCUCGGCACGCGUUUUCUGUUUGGAACCUCAGAGGCUGGAAGUCCGAGUCGCUUCACCUUGCUUACCUUUCCGUCACAAUGGUACUGAGGCUGAGCAAUAUUGUGACACGCCGAAUUUAUUUGGAAAAUAUGCUCUCUGCCCUUGCGCAAAGGCCACCUGAUCAACCGUCAGAUAUGCCACCACCAAUUAUUGGAGACGGGACUGGAUUCUGGGAGAAAACCGCACAUGAGUUGUUUGUCAACGUUUGGAAGCUGUAUGAACAAAUCGAUGCCUUCUUCACGAUGCGAGCCCCGGAUGAAGGGUUCCCACAGAUUCUAGUUUUCUGUGUCUAUAUCAGUGGCUCAUUGGCGUCAUAUCUCUGGCGAUAUCCCACUCUGUGCCCUUCGCUCGCAGACAAUGCAAAGAUGAUGGCCCAACGGUCCCUUGAGGUUUUGGGUGAGCUCCAUGCCGCAUGGCCAACGAGUUCAAAGUGGCAGAAAGGCUUGCAACAGAUUGCUACUCCGCUUGGAGUAAGCCCUGCGGAUGGACAGGGUCAAGGUGCAGAGACUCCCUCUCAGCGGCCGGAGAGCCUGCACGGAACGCUUGAGGAUUCAAAUGCGCCGCCAUCUUCAAUUAAUAGCCAGCAAACGGACACCCAACCAUCUUCUGAGUUGAGGGAGCCGAGCCUGACUUUAUCUGAGGGGAUGCUAGGGGAGUUGAUGAACGUCUUUCCCAUUGACAACACAUACUUGUCGCGAUUGGGAAGUGUACAAGUUGGCACUUUGUCCAAUGAGCUGUUUGACGCCGAGCUUGAUGCAUUUCUGCAAGGAGGUUUUCAAUACGAUCUUCUGGGUGGAUGGGGUCUUGGGACUAAACGCCAUCUCACACGAACCGGCAUUAAUCAGACCCCACCUUUCACCAUGGCAUCCAUCGCACAUCCCGACUCUGAUUCCUACGCCGCCUCUGGCUACGGCACAGUCAUGGGCUGGGGUAAACGCCCGGCCCUGCUCCUCAUCGACGUCUGCAAAGCAUAUUGGACCCCCGGCUCGCCUCUCGAUGUCACUGCUCACAAGCCAUCGGCAGAGUCGCCUGAAGUGAUGAAGAAGCUGCUGGCAUCGGCGAGAGAAAACGGUAUCCCGGUCUACUGGACUGCGGUUGAAUUCACAGAGCCCAACAUGGCGGAUGCAGGCUUGUUCUGGCUCAAGGCGAAGACGUUGAGUGUGUGGCACAAGGACGAUACCCGUGGCCUCAAUGAGUGGGCAGACGGCCUCGUGCCGCUGGAGGGUGAGCCGGUCAUCAAGAAGAAGUAUCCGAGCGGCUUUUUCGGCACAACUCUUCAAACCGAACUCACCAUCAAGGGAGUCGACACGGUUGUGAUUUGCGGAGUGAGCACAAGUGGGUGCGUAAGAGCCACGACUCUGGACGCUUUGCAGAAUGGGUUUCGCCCAAUGGUCGUUGGAACAGCAUGUGGUGAUAGGAGUGAUGAGAUCCACAACGCCAAUUUGUUCGACUUGAAUGCCAAGUAUGCCGAUGUUGUCUCUGAGGCGGGGGCGUUGGAGAACUUUAAGAAGGGUUGGUUAUGGCAAUAGUAAAGAGAAAGCAAUGAUAUUCAACGACAAGAGCUGUUCUUAACGUAAUAAAUGCGAAAUAUU